AUGGCGGCGGCGGGGACCGCGGGCGCGGGGGGUGCGGCGGGCGGCGGCGGGGCGCGCGAGGGCGCGCGGGUGGCGGCUCUGUGCUUGCUGUGGUACGCUCUAAGCGCGGGCGGCAACGUGGUCAACAAGGUGAUCCUCAGCGCCUUCCCGUUCCCCGUGACCGUGUCGCUGUGCCACAUCCUGGCGCUGUGCGCCGGGCUCCCGCCGCUGCUGCGCGCCUGGCGCGUGCCGCCCGCGCCGCCCGUGUCAGGGCCCGCGCCCGGCCCGCACCCGCCGCCCGGCCCACUGCUGCCGCCGCGCUUCUACCCGCGCUACGUGCUGCCGCUCGCUUUCGGCAAGUACUUCGCGUCCGUGUCGGCGCACGUCAGCAUCUGGAAGGUGCCCGUGUCCUACGCGCACACCGUCAAGGCCACCAUGCCCAUCUGGGUGGUCCUCCUGUCCCGUAUCAUCAUGAAGGAGAAGCAGAGCACCAAGGUGUAUCUGUCGCUCAUCCCUAUCAUCAGCGGCGUGCUGCUGGCCACCGUCACCGAGCUGUCCUUCGACAUGUGGGGGCUGCUCAGCGCCCUGGCAGCCACGCUGUGCUUCUCUCUACAGAACAUCUUCUCCAAGAAGGUCCUGAGAGACUCUCGUAUCCACCACCUCCGGCUGCUCAACAUCCUGGGCUGCCAUGCCGUGUUCUUCAUGAUUCCCACCUGGGUGCUGGUGGACCUCUCUGCGUUCCUUGUGGGCAGCGACCUGACCUAUGUGGCCCAGUGGCCCUGGACGCUCCUGCUCCUGGCCAUUAGUGGCUUCUGCAACUUUGCACAGAAUGUGAUCGCCUUCAGCAUCCUAAACCUCAUCAGCCCACUCAGCUACUCCGUCGCCAAUGCCACCAAGAGGAUCAUGGUCAUCACCGUGUCACUGGUCAUGCUGCGCAACCCAGUCACCAGCACCAACGUGCUGGGCAUGCUGACCGCCAUCCUGGGUGUCUUCCUGUAUAACAAGACCAAGUACGAUGCCAACCAGCAGGCCCGGAAGCAGCUGUUGCCCAUGACUGCUGCAGACUUGGGCAGCCGGGAGUGGCCCCACAAUGGCGUCCUCUGCCCUCCUCAUGGAGACCUGCAGUACAGCCGCAGCGGUAUCCUUACGGAUCACUUUCAGUACAGCCGGCCCGGACAGCUUGGCUCCUAUGCCCUGAACCGCUAUGAUGUGUAGCACCCAGGGCCAGGUCUGAGCUGCAGCGCUGUGGACACUCCUGACACCGGUGACAUCCGCUGGUGAGGGACAGGGCAUGGCCUGCACAGGGCAGGGCAGAGUCCCUGCUGGCCAAGGCUCUGGGCCACACUGUCCCCGUCCCCCUGCAUGGUGAGCAGCACUCAGAAUAGGAGAGGCUGGUGAAUGCUGCCUGCCUGGGGGGCAGAGGGCAGCCUGUGGGGUGGAGCUGGGAGGGUGACCUGGGUCAGUAGGUGGAGUUGGAGCAGUAGCUUUGGUGGACAGCAAGGUCUGUGGGGUCAGGCCGGAAGGUGCUGUCCUGCCUCAGCCUUCUUAUCUUCGCUGAGCUGGAUGCUCCCAGGCAGCCACAGGACUCUGGGGCCCUGGGCCACUGCGCAGCUGCACCCCACCCCCAACCCCAGUCUGGCACUGCCAUCUCCGGGUAAGAACCUACAGGAUGCUGGUCGGAUCCCUGCUGAUCUCGGGCACAACAGAGACAGCAGGCCCAGCUCACAGCCAGAGCUGCUCUGCUCCUCCCCUUGAGGCUACCAUCCAGUGACGCCACUGGGAAACUGCACAGCUGAGGACAAUCACACCCGGAGCAGGAUUGCUGUGGCCUGGCCUCCACUGGCUCUGUGCUGUUUACCUUGGGAUCUGGUUGUGUCCUGUCAGGUCCAGGAUGGGGACACUGAGCUGGAUGCACUUUUCCGGGUCAGACCCUUGGCUCAGGAAUAAACUGGGGCCCAUUGCCGUGGCUACACCUGCAGGCCCAACUGUUAGGGAAGCUGAUGCAGGGGGAGUGCCCGGCUAGCAGAGGGACCCCACCGCAAAAAAGAAAAGUUUGAAUUCAACGGGAUCGCAUCAGGAGAAUGAUAGGACCUCAUGUGGGGCCAUCCUGCAUGGUCCCUGGCUUUUCCGGUGUCAGGAAGCAGCCAUGUCCAUGUUUGGGGGACAGAGCUGCACAGGACCCUUCCGCCCACCUUGCCACUUGGAGAGUGGCUGACACUUAGCCCCUGGGUCCUUGCUUCUAGUGACUGUAUUUCUCGGCAGAUUACAAAACUUGGUCAACUCACUAGAGGACCGUUGUCAUGCAUAUCCGGGAGGCCUAGCGCCCCUGGCUGAGAUGUGCCUGCUUUAUCUGUGUUUUCGGUGUCUAGUUUGGAGACUACUUUGUACAAGGUAGGGAGAGGCAGCCAGCAUGUCGGUGCACACCUGGAGUCCCUGCUGCUUGGGAGACUGAGGCAGGAGAAUCACAAUUCUGAGGCCAGCCUGGGCCACUUACUGAGACUGUCAGAAUAAAAUAAAAGGCUGCAGAGCAGCGCAGUGAUGAAAGCUUGCCCAAUGCCAGAGAGAUCCUGGCCCCUGUCGAGAGCACUGUAGAAAGAAGGCAUGAUGGGAUGGAUGUGAUUUAGAAAAAGGUAUUGCUGAAGCCACAUAUGAUGGCCACACCAAUCAUCCCAGCACUGGGAAGGCUGAGGCGAAGAUGAGUGUGAGUGGGAGGCCAGUCUGGGCUAUGCAGUGAGUUCCAGGGCCAGUUUGAACUGCACAGUGAGACCCUGCCUCAAAAAACCAAAAAAAAAAAAAAAAAAAAAAGAUAAAAGGACUUGCUGAGUCCAUGCCAGGGACUUCAGCCUCCCAGGUGACACAGACACGCCUGGGUAGCCCUGCCCUGCUACUUCCCAGUGCAUCCCUUCCCUGGGCCAGGAGUUUCUGAUGUUACUGAAAUUUGUAUAUUAACAUUUUUGUUUCCUUUUCCAAUGAAAGAUUUGCUGCUGCGGAGAAGGGACUAUCUGGUUUUAUCACGGUUUCUAAAAUAAUAAAGGAGAUAUUUAAUUCUGUACAUAAA